AUGGUGUUCAGCAAGCUGGCUUUGUUGCUCUGCAAUUGCAUUGGUCGUGAAGAUGACAUCUUUCUCAUGGUAACAGCUCUGAAUGCGUUGGGGAGCAUCAAGGAAGGAGGGUUUGAUCCUGAAACCGCAGGCUCGAGCUCGUCAAGGAUUGACGCGGGUAAGUGUUGCUGUGUUUGUUUGUCACAGAUGGAAGUUGGUGAUUGUCUGCGUAUGCUUCCCUGCAUGCAUAAGUUCCACGAGCUCUGUAUAACCAGGUGGCUUGAAGGGUACGGCAAAACUUGUCCCCUGUGCCGGUUUUCAAUGGGGGAAGAUAAGAAGCCAGAAGAAGAGCAGCAACUCACAGUGGAGAUGCUCAUCUGGUUUUCUUCAUUUCAUGUUGCUGGGUUCUAG